AUGGAAGCCAUUCUCGACCGCAUGCUGCUGGCAGCUUUUCAGCAGGUGCUGCCUUGCGACGAGGCCACGCUGGUGCUCAAGCCAGGAGAGGGUGCUGUGCAGCGCCCUGGGGCCGACUUCUCAUGUCGGGCCGCGCGCACGGCCUUCCACAGGAUGCGCGGCAGCAAUGCUGCGUUAUCAUAUACGCGCCCUUGCUCUUUUGGAAUGGGCCCCGAGAUUUGGAGCUUUGACACGGCGGAGCUCCUUGCUUUGGCAAUUGUGGAGCGAUUGGAAGCGGUCCCAGCGCUGGCCGAUGUUCGGGUCACAGCGCUGGGCGAGAUCCUCCUCACCACGAAGGAGCAUUUGGCUUCGCAGAGGGGCCAAGGCAAGUGGCAUUGCGGGGACUGCGGUGGCUUCUUCCGUGGCCGCAGGGGCUUGCAGGAUCACCAACGCCAGGCCCAUGGCAAGGCAGUGGAAGCUGCCCUGGACGCUGUGGAUCUAAGCCGCCUGGCUUUGAUGCCGUAUCGCGCACGUGCAGCCGGACUUUCUGGCGUCGCUAGUGCCGCUAGUGCCGCCAGUUCGAGCGGCUUGCGGGCAACGCGAGCACUUGAUGAAGGUCUCUGUGCUGCAAGAGAUGGUGACAUGAAGAAGAUCGCUGAUAUGAUGGCUGCCGGGUGGGACCUGGAGUCCAGGGACCACCACGGUUCCAACGCUCUCCUGUGGGCAGCAGGCGGUGGACACUUGGCGCUAUGCUGUGCCCUGGUGGAAGCAAAGCUGGACCCGAGGAGCCAUCAGAAGGACCGUCGCAAUGCUCUACAUUGGGCGGCGCGGAACGGGCAUGUGGACGUCUGUUGCUGGCUAGCCCAAUUCCUGGACCCGGACACGGCCACCCUGGACGGCACGACGCCGCUGCACUGGGCCGUGUGGCAGGGCCAUAAGGACGUGUGCGACUUCCUCAUCCACGAGGCCAAGGCCAACUUGCAUGCCAAGAACAAGUAUGGUUGCAACGCUUCCCAAUGGGCUGCCUUGGCUGGCUCCGUAGAAAUGUGCCUGUACCUGCAGCGCAAAGGCUUGGAUUUGGCAGUGCUAAACUUCAAUGGCCACUCGGCGCUGCACAAGGCAGCUGUGAAAGGUCAGCGAGAUCUCUGCCAAUGGCUUUUGGGCGAAGGUGGCCUAGGCCAAGCGCAGGACUCGAAUUCCACAUCGCGACAGAUCCCCGACAUAUCCCUGGCAUGCAAUUUCUGGUCCCAAUUUCUUGCAGUUUCCUGUCCCUGCUUUUGUUUUAUAUGA